UUAAUUCCAAUCCGCUUGGUCUCCCUGAGCCCGCAGUCUCCUCUCAGCCGCAGAUGGCUCGCGUGCAAGCGGUCGCCGUCGGCUGAGCGCAAAAUGCGGGGAAAGAGGGCUGAUUUCGGCGCAGAAGCUUUUUCGAGACGCUAUUUGAACUGUAUCAGCCGAAACGGCAGUAAGUGGGGGGUCAUCUGCUGGGUUUGAAACUAAAAAGGAGGCGGCAGAUGGCAGUUGCUGUCAAGGAGGGAGGGGGGCGUCUCAGCGGCUGGUGCUUCUGCGCGCAAUCUGUGCGGCAACCGUAAAAAGCACGCAAACGCGCAACCUGACUGGAUGGGAAACCCGCUGAGGAACAAACAUUGGGUUUUACAGGAUGUUGAGCGAUCAAAGGCAGCAAGAACGUCCUUUAAAUGUUUCCAUUCUUCUUGAGUAAGGACUUUUUUAAUAGAAGUUUGUGGGAAAUGAAGCCACGACUUUCAAACAGAUGAAUCUAAAUGAUGUAUCUCUUAGGUUGGAAGAAGGUAAAAUGUUGAGUUUACACUCAAUUAAAAAACAAACAAAUUGAAAAUAGCCAUUGGCACAAAAAAACAUAAUUGUGUAAAAUUGUCAUUGGAUAGCUGAUGAAAAAGAUUGAAAAUAUUAUUUUUAAAUUGGCUGGAUAAUUGAGCUAUUACCAAAACCAAUGUCAAGAUCCCUUUAACGUGUAUUCUAACGCAAUACAAAACAAUGAACAUGUUGCCAAUCUUAAAGGGGCUCAACGUGCAAUUCAGAGGUUUUUAUGUCGCUUCCACACGUCUCCCAACAUGGCACGAGAUUAUACACCAAUGAAAAUAUACUUAAUGCUAUUUCUUCGAAUGGAUCCCCAUGAAUAUCACACACUGUUACUUGAAUGGAACUAACAGUGAUCCAAUAACAAGAGAUGUUUCAUAUGAAUUAGUACUGGGUUGUGGUGCGGUACAGGUGGACCCAGGAUGGAGAGCUAUUCACAAAGUUCCGCCUGAGCACAGAGACAACAUCAUCUGAGAUACCAACGAGGGAUGGACUGAAGCGCUGCAGCGUUAGUGACUAGAUGCGUUGCAGCUGUUCCGCUGGAAACAGCUGAAUAUGUUUGGCAUCAAUCAGGGAGCCAGAAACCACGAUCACAUCAACACGGUCCGACCUGAGAAACUGAGGACUAAAUGGCAGACUUUAACUGCUAAUCUAAAUGGUUUCAUACUGUGUUAUUGCAGUAGUCGCAUCAUAACACAUUUCUGGGGUGGCAAUCAGCUCCCUGAAAAUGACCCAAAUGUGAUGUCAAAGAUCUGUAGUCUAAUUCACCCAACAUAUAGAUUGAUAGAUUUGGCUGUAAUAGCGUUUUGCAGCCUUUGGAUUUAAAGUUGGUGCUGAAAACAAUCACAACUGUAAACAAGGAACCUUCAAGGACAAUGAUGGUAAUUUGGCCCCAGAGAGCAGAAUGGAAACUGCUCUGUGAGGUAUUCAUCCUAUUUCUGUCUCUCUCACUGAUGCAUGUAAGUCCCUGCAUGACUCACUGGAGAUCUCCGUCACACAUGACUAUCCCUCACAGUGAUGAUAACGGUGUCGAACCACCUGCGCUGCAACAACAAAGAGACAAGCAGGGCCCUAAAUAUUCAAUCACCGUGUACGAUCAGGAGCACUUCCAGGGAAGGCGUAUGGAGUUCACCGCCAGCUGCCAGAACAUCAUGGAGUGUGGGAUGGAGAACAUCCGCUCCCUGAAGAUCGAGUGUGGCGCCUGGGUGGGCUACGAGCACUCUAGCUUCUGCGGCCAGCAGUUUGUCCUGGAGAAAGGAGACUACCCUCGCUUUGAGGCCUACAGUGGCAGCAACUCCUACCGCAUUGAGAGGAUGAUCUCCUUCAGGCCCAUCUGCUGUGCUAACCACAAGGAGUCCCGCAUGACCAUCUUCGAGAUGGAGAACAUGACGGGUCGUCAGUUUGAUCUGUGCGAUGACUACCCCUCUCUGCAGGCCAUGGGCUGGAUGAACAACGAGGUUGGAUCCAUGCACAUCAAGAGCGGAGCCUUUGUGUGCUACCAGUACCCUGGUUACCGCGGCUACCAGUACAUCAUGGAGUGUGACUGUCGUGGAGGAGAGUACAAGUGUUACCGUGAGUUUGGCUCCCACUCCCAGACUCCCCAGAUUCAGUCCAUCAGGAGGAUCCAGCACUGAGAGGGGAAACGCUUCCAUCACACUUUCUUAUCUCCUCCUCUUGCACUUCAUUCCCUCCUUUCCUUC